AUUAGCCCCUUUUCCCUUCCUGAACGGCGACAACAAACCAACCCCACACACGCGAGCCAUAGACGACGGCCCCUUCCCCCGGCACACGCUACCCCCUGCGCCGCUGCCGCUGCCGCCGCGCUGCGGCGAUUUGCGUUCUCAAGCGUCCCUCUUAACUGAACCAAUUUCUUUGCUACUAACAGAGAGAGAGAGAGAGAGAGGGAACGAGAGAGAUGGGAAAAAGAGGAGGGGUUCGUUCAUCCUCAGGGCGGAAUAGAAACGUUCUGCUCCGUCGUCUGGAAUCCUCCUUUAAGAACGGCAACUAUGGAACCCUCGACGAAAUCAUCAACUGUCUCCGUUCGAACUACCCCGACUACGCCCGAACAAAGCAACAAGUCCUCGCCAGGCAGGUCCAACGUGCCCUUGAAGAAUCUAAACACUUCCUAAACAACAACAAUAACAAGCACAAGAGGAACAAAUCCCACUCUCCUCAAACCCUAGUCUGCGCCGAUGAUGAAGAAGAAGAAGAAGAUGAUGAUGAUUGCCAAUUCCGAAGCCCCACUCCGAAGAAGCUGAAGAAGAUUGAUGAGAGUGAACAGAGAUUGCUAUAUAGAGAGGCUCAGCAUCUUCGAAGGCGGCAUGUGGAGCAGGAACGUCCGUCGACCGCUACUACGUCGUCUUCAUCAUCGUCCUCUUCUGACGAUGAAACGGAUGGUGCCGUAUCGACAUCGGAGGACGCGAUAUAUGGCGAGAGACUGGAGCCGGGGUUCGAUUUGAUGAGGUCAAUGCUGCGCUCGAGUUAUAGCAAAGCAAAGCCUGCGGUGGAAUCGAAGCCGGAGGAGAAGAAUCUUGAGAUGGAGGAGGUUGCUCAGAAGGCCAAGAAGAUAAAUUCGGUUGAAGGAGAGAGAAUUGAAGGAAUUGGGACGGAUUCGAAACCAGAAGUGAAGGGUUUCGGCGUUGGAGGCAAUGGUGUUGGUGGCGGUGGUGAGGUGAAGGGGAAGGACGGGCCAAUGUUUAGGGAUUUGGGUGGAAUGGGAGGGGUGGUGGAGGAGUUGACAAUGAAUGUUGUUGUUCCGUUGUACCAUCCGCAACUACCUCAGUGUCUCGGGGUGAGGCCGCCAGUGGGGAUUUUAUUGCACGGUCCACCUGGGUGUGGAAAGACGAAGCUGGCUCACGCCAUUGCCAAUGAGACUGGAUUUCCAUUUUAUAAGAUUUCAGCUACUGAAGUUGUCUCUGGUGUUUCAGGUGCAUCUGAAGAGAAUAUUCGAGAGCUUUUCUCAAAAGCUUACAGGACUGCUCCUUCAAUUGUAUUUAUUGAUGAGAUUGAUGCAAUUGCUUCAAAAAGAGAAAAUCUACAGAGGGAGAUGGAACGACGCAUAGUGACACAACUAAUGACCUGCAUGGAGGAAUCACACAGACUUGUACAACCAGCUGAUAAAGAUUUGAAUUCAGAGAGCUCUCAUCACGGACCUGGCUAUGUGCUUGUGAUUGGAGCUACCAAUAGAAUCGAUGCUGUUGAUCGUGCAUUAAGGAGGCCUGGAAGAUUUGAUCUUGAGAUUCUGUUGGGUGUACCAGAUGAAAGUGCAAGGAUUGAGAUUCUUUCUGUGCUCAUGCGUGAUCUUAGACUUGAAGGUUCUUUUGAUCUUGUGAAAAUAGCAAGGUUUACGCCAGGUUUUGUUGGAGCUGACUUAGCUGCCCUCGUUAACAAGGCAGGUAACAUUGCCAUGAAAAGAAUUAUAGACAGAAGAAAGUCUGAUCUAUCUAGUGAACCUAUAGAUGAGGAACGCGCAAAACAGGAACACACCGAAGACUGGUGGAGGCACCCAUGGUUGCCUGAAGAAAUCGAAAAGCUUAGCAUCACCAUGACUGAUUUUGAGGAAGCAAUUAAAAUGGUUCAGCCUUCGACACAAAGAGAAGGAUUCUCCACAAUACCUGAUGUAAAAUGGGAAGAUGUAGGGGGGCUUGAUUUUCUAAGGCGUGAGUUUGACCGCUCUAUAGUUAGGCGUAUAAAGUAUCCGGAGGUUUAUGAGGAAUUCGGAGUGGAUUUAGGGACCGGAUUUUUGCUUUAUGGGCCUCCAGGCUGUGGUAAAACACUAAUUGCCAAAGCUGUUGCUAAUGAGGCAGGAGCUAAUUUCAUACAUAUUAAGGGCCCUGAACUUCUGAAUAAAUAUGUUGGAGAAAGUGAGUUAGCUGUUCGAACGAUAUUCAGUCGUGCGAGGAUGUGUUCUCCAUGUAUACUUUUCUUUGAUGAGGUGGAUGCUUUGACAAAGGAGCGUGGAAAGGAACGGGGACCGGUGGUUGACCAGCUUUUGAACCAGUUACUAAUAGAGUUAGAUGGUGGAGAUGAGCGAAGGGGCGUUUUUGUCAUCGGUGCUACCAAUAAACCUGAGGCAAUGGAUCGUGCCAUAUUACGGCCUGGGAGGUUUGGGAAACUUCUUUAUGUCCCUCUUCCCAGUCCGGAUGAGCGUGGAUCGAUUUUAAAAGCUCUUGCAAGGAAGAAGCCUGUUGAUGGUGAUGUGGAUUUGGCUAAUAUUGGGCAGAUGGAAGCCUGUGAAAAUAUGAGUGGCGCUGAUCUUUCCGAACUGAUGCAUGAAGCUGCAAUGGCUGCUGUUGAAGACAAAUUGUUAGCAGUCGACACCAGUUCAGAUGCAGCUCCAUGUACUAUCAAGCUGAAGCAUUUUGAGCAGGCUCUGCGAAAAGUUGCACCCUCUGUCUCAGAUGAGGAAAAACUCCACUACCGUACUUUGUCAAAGCACUUCAGAGCAGCCUGAAAGUUUUGGAUUAGAAGUUUCAGGGUUCAUUUGGCGGAGGCUGUUGUGGAUGGUCAGGCAUCAAUCUGACCACGGAAGCUUAGGAAGCAAGUUUGUGAUCCCGGGAGCGGAAAGGAUAAUUUAUUGGUCCUUUUUAUUAUUUUUACUUUUCUCUUUUCAUAUAUUAGCACCUAUCCUGAAAUUAUUUAUUCUUGAAUUUUGUUUGAGGAGCCCAAAUAGGAUCUCCAUCGUCCCUUGUCAAAAAGGGGAAAAAAUAUAAAAGAAAAUGGAGAAAGGGAAAGAAAAGAAAUUCAAUCCAAGUCCACGAAACAGUUGCUUUUAUGAUUGUGGUGGACAGCAAAUCAAGAAGAGUAAUUUAUUCAUUCCAA